AUGUAUGAAGAUGGAUGGGUCGUGUGCAGGGUCUUCAAGAAGAAAAAUUAUAAUAGAGCUGAUUUCCAACCUGAAGCUGCUAAAGAAGAAAACUUGACCCACAUGAAGGCAGGUGGUUCUACAUUUACUCCAGUGGAGCUGAAACAAAAUUCGCAAGCACUAUAUGAUUGUACCUUUGAUGGGUCGAUGCAUCUACCACAGUUAUUGAGCCCCGAGUCAGUUGUUCAUCCGUACUUCUUAUCACCCAUCGCCGUCCCCUUGAACUUGAACAGCACGGCCGACCUGGACCUGGACCUGGAGAGUUCUCAAAAUUUGUUGAGGUUGACAUCAUCAGGCAAUUGCAUUCAGCAGGGGAGGUUUACUGGCGAUUGGUCAUUCUUGGAUAGGCUUCUUGCAUCCCAUCAAGUCCAGGAUCAAGGUAAAUGCCAUCCUUCGUCCCAGGUUGUUGAUGUUGGUCCAGGUCCUUCAGCCCAGAGAUUUCCAUUCCACUACCGUGGCUAUGAAACAGAUAUUUUGAAGUUCCCCAAGUACAAUUAG